UUGAUUGCUGAACCUGGUUCUUACAAUUUUUUGACAUGACGUUGUCUACUUCCAGUAAUCGUGGUCCAUUAGGACCUUUCUUGCACUCUACACCACUGAUGCCUCGACCUCACGAUCCUUUUCUAGGUCUUGCAUCGCACUGUAUUCGAGAUACAUUUGGGCCUACAGUGCAGCUUACUGCCGAUGCACUGCAAAGCCGGGGCGGAGAAUCGACGUUGCGGCAAAUUCUUUCGCAUGUAAAGAUGAAGACACCAAAGCCGGCUAGGCGGCUGGGGCUGAAAGCUGGCAGUAGUCCGACUGACGCCGUAUCUGUACGCGCAUCUCUUAUGGUACUUAUUCAGCAUUCGAUUGUGACUGUGCAGUACACUAAACAGCAACAAGGAGUGGCAACGUACACUUACAAAUACCAAGCAGAGCAAGCAAUAUACAUUCCACGAUAUGGCAAAUACAUUGAGUACGUCAAGAAGGCCCUGGAUGCGACGGCGGCGUGCGUAGUUGAGACACUUCUCCUUGCGGGCCGUCUCCGUACAGUCGAUCUUAUAUUACAAGCAGUUGAACGGGAGGAUUUGCCCAAGUCUGAUCGUUAUACGGAUCGUCAGAUGGUAGUGGAUUCGUUUUGGAAACUUACCAAUGGCGGGUUUUUGCAGCUUGUGGAACCAAUAAAGCUCCUAUCACAGGACGACGACGAAGAAGCGGAAUUUGAAGAGGUCCAGGUCCCGCCUCAUAAGAAGGCCAAGGUUGCCACAUCCAUUGGGACAGGCGAAGACCCGGCAGCCGUCACAAUAUUGACUUCCAACUCUCAUUACAAGAGUACACUCCCUGUGGACGCGGUCUGGAGAGUAAACAUUCGAAUGCUCCACGAUUCCAUACGAGCCUUUUGUGUUGGCCGACUGGUUGCUGAAAUUUUUGGGCACAAGGUUCAGUCAGCUGGUAGUCUUGUAACAGCGGCGCUUAAGUAUAGGGCUAACCAAGAGCAUGUCGAAGCAAAAAAGGAAGGCCUUACUGUUGCAGCGUCUGAUAUAUCGUCAUUUGCACCGCAAGACAUUGUUCACUUCCUUCCGAAAACUGUCGUACAGGGUCUCGAAAAGAAGAUGGGAGGGGUCACAAUGGCCGUGAGUUCGGCAUGGGAGGAGUUGUCGGUUGUGCGCAAUCCAACCGUCGUUCGACGCGUGGGAGAUGACCGCUAUGAGAUUGCUUGCUCGCAACUUGUGGCGUAUCUACGCAAGCGUACAGUACACCAGAUCGUCCACGACCGACAUGGUGAAGUGGCUGCUCGUGUAGUUUCCAUUCUUGGAAAAAAGGGAUGGCUGGAAUCGGACAACUUGGCUUCGUUUGCAAUGAUACCAGCCAAGGACACGAGGGAAGUUCUACAUCAACUGUAUCGCAGCCAGUACGUUGAAUUGUUUCAACUUGCAAACUCUCGACAGCACAACCCUGCGAGUACGAUCUACCUCUGGCUUGUCCAUGAACAGCGAUUGGUACAAAAGGCUAUCGCUAAUGUUGCUUCUUCUCUGUGGUAUGUACGUCUACGACGACAGCAUCAAAUCGAAAUAGGUAAGGACUGGAUCGAGAGAGCCCAACAAGCUGACGAUACGGACGAGAACGAUCACGAAAUGGACAAAGUAAGCUAUGAAAUGUUUUGCUUGGGGCUGGAACGAUUAGACUGUUCGACUUUGCAACUCGAUGAGACCUUAAUGGUCCUUCAAGAUUUUUAG